UUUGGUACAGCCUGGUCAACUAUACAGACUCGGGUGGAGCGGCAACUUUCUCGGAUCCCACAAUGUUUUGGAGCCUGCUUUUCCCCGCCUUGUGUGGAUUUGCAGCGGCCAUCACCAGUUCAGAAAUGGAUCGGCAUUGGGAGCUGUGGAAGAAGAUUCAUAACAAAGUGUAUUCUCAUCAGGUUGAGGAGCUGGGUCGCAGACGGAUUUGGGAAGAGAACUUGGAAAUGAUUAAUAUCCAUAACCUGGAAACCUCCAUGGGCCUUCACACCUACGAGCUGGCAAUGAACCACUUGGGAGACCUGACCAGUCAGGAGAUCAUGGGCACGUUCAGUGGCACCAUCGUGCCAUCUGACCUGGAGAGAGGACCUUCAAACUUCACUGACGUCAACAUCUCUUUGCCGGCUUCACUAGACUGGAGGGAGCAAGGGCUGGUAACUGAGGUCAAAAUGCAGGGUUCGUGCGGAUCUUGUUGGGCCUUCAGUGCAGUCGGAGCUUUGGAGGGGCAACUUAAGAAGUCCACAGGUGUCUUGACGUCACUCAGUCCUCAGAAUUUGGUGGACUGCUCAACAAAGUACGGCAACCACGGAUGCAACGGUGGCUUCAUGACAAACGCCUUCGAGUACGUCAUUAAAAACGAAGGCAUUGAGUCGGAAGCUGCUUACCCCUACAGCGCAAAGAACGGUCGGUGCAGAUACAAACCAGAGUAUCGGGCCGCAAACUGCUCAGGAUAUUCCUUCUUGCCAAAGGGGGAUGAGUUUGCGCUGAAAAUGGCCUUAGUCAACAUCGGCCCCAUCUCUGUUGCAAUUGAUGCUUCCAGGCCAAAGUUUGUCUUCUAUCGUCACGGUGUGUACAGAGAUCACACAUGCACCCACAACGUGAACCACGGUGUGCUGGUUGUGGGCUACGGCAGAGAGCGAGGACAGGACUACUGGCUGGUCAAAAACAGUUGGAGUGAAAACUACGGAGAUGACGGAUACAUCAAAAUGGCGCGGAACAGACGCAACCAGUGCGGCAUCGCUCUCUAUGCUUGUUUUCCCAUCCUGUGAUUGGAGGAUGUCUUUUCUUUUUGAUGCACACCUUUUUAAAUAAACCAGUUCAUGCCUUAA